GAAACCAGUCCGUUCGCUGAAAGGGUUCGUCUUCUUCCUUCGUUGCCCGUCGUUCUCAAAGUCCACCUUCUCUUCCUUUCCUUGUUUGUCCUUGCGCGCCAACUCGCAGGAACUGAGGGGUUUAAGCUCGCUGCUAAACCCUACUUUCCGCCACCGUCCUUCCUCCUCUUCGAAAUCCCCUUCCAGCGCGGAACAAUGAGCUUCGCGGCCUGCAAGAUGAUGCACUUGCCGACCGGCAUUGAAUGCUGCGACGCCGGCUUCAUCACGCAUUGCCGCGCCGACUUCGUCCCUCCAAUUGCUCCAAUGCAUACCGACGAACUCGAAUCCGAGUGGCCUUCCAAUCGAAGCACUGGCCCAAUCCCUAACCUCGUCGUCACUGCGGGCAACGUCCUGGAGCUCUAUGUAGUUAGGGUUCAGCAGGAAGGCAGCAGGGAGUCGAGAAAUUCAGGCGAAUCGAAGCGCGGUGGGCUGGUCGAUGGCGUCUCUGGCGCUUCGCUUGAGCUUGUGUGCCACUACAGGUUGCACGGUAAUGUUGAAUCAUUGGCGGUACUGCCUUCAGAUGGAGGCGAUAGUUCCAGGAGGAGGGAUGCAAUUAUCUUGGCGUUCAAAGAUGCCAAGAUUUCGGUGCUGGAGUUUGAUGAUUCUAUGCAUGCACUGCGUACUAGCUCUAUGCACUGUUUUGAAGGUCCAGAAUGGUGCCAUCUGAAAAGAGGCCGAGAGUGUUUCGCGGCAGGGCCGUUAAUAAAAGUUCAUCCAAGAGGCAGAUGCGGUGCUGUUCUCGUUUAUGAUUUGCAGAUGAUAAUACUGACUGCUGCUCAGGUCGGUUCUGGUUUGAUUGGAGAUGAUGAUGCCCCUGGCUCUGGAGGUGCAAUAUCUGCUCGCGUCAAAUCAUCAUACAUUUUAAAUCUUCGAGACUUGGAUGUGAAGCAUGUAAAAGACUUUGUAUUUAUAAAUGAUUAUAUGGAGCCUGCAGUGGUCAUCCUUCAUGAGCGCGAACUUACUUGGGCUGGUCGCCUGUCAUGGAAGCAUCACACUUGCAUGAUAUCUGCUUUUAGCAUUAGCACGUCACUGAAGCCUCCUACCCUGAUAUUUUCAUCUCUGAAUCUUCCGCAUGAUGCGUACAAGCUACUUGCCGUUCCGUUGCCAAUUGGAGGUGUUCUUGUCAUUUGCACAAAUUCCAUACAUUAUUACAGUCAGUCAGCCUCUUGCGCGUUGGCUUUGAACCAUUAUGCAGUUCCUAUAGACAGCAGUCAAGAGCUACCGAGAGCAAGUUUUGAUGUUGAACUUGAUGCUGCCAAUGCAUCUUGGUUACUAAAUGAUGUGGCCUUACUGUCAACAAAAACUGGGGAACUUCUAUUGCUAACCCUCGUUUAUGAUGGAAGGGUUGUGCAGAGGCUUGAUCUUUCAAAGUCUAAAGCAUCAGUUCUUACUUCGGGAAUUGCCAUGAUUGGUAAAUCAUUUUUCUUUCUGGGGAGCCGUUUGGGAGACAGUUUGCUUGUGCAAUUUACUAGCGGAUCAGUAUCUACCAUUUCUCCUGGCUUGAAAGAAGAGGUUGGUGACAUUGAUGACAUUCACGCAGCUAAGAGGUUGAAGAGAGUGUCAUCUGAUGCUUUACAAGAUGUGAUGAGUGGAGAGGAGCUUUCUUUAUAUGGCUCAGCUUCAAACAAUACCGAGUCAGCACAGGUUAUAAAAGCUUUAAAGACGUUCUCAUUUGCAGUGAGAGAUUCAUUGACCAAUGUUGGCCCUUUAAAGGACUUCUCCUAUGGUUUAAGGAUCAACGCUGAUGCGAAUGCCACAGGAAGUGCAAAACAGAGCAACUAUGAGUUGGUCUCUUGUUCAGGUCAUGGUAAAAAUGGUGCUCUAUCUGUUCUUCGGCAGUCGAUUCGUCCAGAAACGAUUACAGAGGUUGAGCUACCUGGUUGUAAAGGGAUCUGGACUGUCUACCAUAAGAAUUCUCGUGGUCAUAAUGCUGAUUCCUCCAAAAUGGCAGCCUUCGAUGAUGAAUAUCAUGCAUAUUUGAUUAUAAGUAUGGAGGCGCGGACGAUGGUUCUUGAGACUGGUGAUCUUUUGACAGAGGUCACUGAAAGUGUUGACUACUUUGUCCAAGGAAGGACAAUAGCUGCAGGGAAUUUGUUUGGCAGGCGUCGAGUUAUCCAGGUCUAUGAGCGUGGUGCGCGAAUUCUGGAUGGUUCCUUUAUGACUCAAGAUUUGAGCAUUGGUGCUCCUAACUCUGAAUCUGGUCCUGCCACUGAGACUUGUACUGUAAUGUCUGUCUCCAUUGCUGAUCCAUAUGUACUGAUAAAAAUGAUUGAUGGGAGCAUUAGACUUCUUGUUGGAGAUACUGCUACUUGUACUGUGUCCAUGAGAACUCCACCUGCCUUUCAAAGCUCAAAGAACACAGUAUCUGCAUGCACCCUGUAUCAUGAUAAUGGCCCAGAGCCAUGGAUCAGAAAGGCAAGCACCGACGCGUGGCUUUCUACAGGAAUUUCUGAGCCCAUUGAUGGUGCUGAUGGUGGGACGCAUGAUCAUGGCGACAUAUAUUGCAUUGUUUGCUACGAGACUGGUGCACUGGAAAUAUUUGAUGUACCGAAUUUCGCUUCUGUGUUUUAUGUGGAUAAAUUUGUAUCUGGAAAAAGCCACCUUGUUGAUAGCAACGUGCAAGAACCAAGCAAUGAUCCUCAGGAAGCAGCACAUAGUAGUUCUGGUUCCGAAGCUGCCCUCGGUGACAAAGAGAGUAACCAUAACCUAAGAGUUGUGGAGUUGGCUAUGAACAGAUGGUCUGGGCACCACAGUCGACCUUUUCUUUUUGGUAUAUUGACUGAUGGAACAAUACUUUGUUAUCAUGCUUACCUGUUUGAAGGUCCAGAUAGUACCUCAAAGACUGAACCUCCUUCACAAAGUUAUGCUUCGAGGCUUAGAAAUUUGAGAUUUGCACGAACACCAUUGGAUACUUAUAUGAGAGAGGAAACAUCAAGUGGAAACAUCAGCCAACGGAUGACUAUUUUCACAAAUAUUAGUGGUCAUCAAGGAUUUUUCCUAUCAGGGUCAAGACCAGCUUGGUUUAUGGUGUUUAGAGAGCGUUUGCGUAUUCAUCCACAGCUAUGUGAUGGAUCUAUUGUCGCCUUCACUGUUCUUCACAACGUCAACUGCAACCAUGGCUUCAUCUAUGUCACAUCUCAGGGAAUAUUGAAAAUUUGCCAACUACCAUCUGGCUGCAACUAUGAUAAUUAUUGGCCAGUGCAAAAGGUACCACUAAGAGGAACUCCUCAUCAGGUGACUUAUUUUGCAGAGAAGAACUUGUACCCUCUUAUAGUUUCUGUUCCUGUUCAAAAGCCCCUCAAUCAAGUUCUUUCUUCACUGGUUGAUCAAGAAGGCAACCACCAAAUUGAGAGUCAGAACGCUACUCCCGAUGAACUUCAUCGAACUUACACUGUAGAAGAAUAUGAGGUGCGGAUCCUGGAACCAGAGAAAUCUGGUGGCCCUUGGCAAACGAAGGCUACAAUUCCAAUGCAGAGUUCAGAAAAUGCACUCACCGUGCGAAUGGUUACACUAUUUAAUACAACCACUAAGGAGAAUGAAACACUUUUGGCCAUUGGGACGGCAUAUGUACAAGGGGAGGAUGUUGCUGCAAGAGGCCGUGUGCUUCUGUUUUCUCUUGGGAAGAACACAGAUAACUCUCAGGUUUCUGAAGUUUAUUCCAAGGAAUUGAAGGGAGCAAUAUCCGCUUUAGCCUCACUGCAAGGGCACUUGUUAAUAGCUUCCGGACCUAAGAUUAUUUUGCACAAAUGGACUGGAUUACAUUAGUGGAAUCUGCUGCUGGGACUCUACUUUCCAGGUUGUGUUUGACACUGUAUUUGUUUAUGCCUAUUUUAGGUCAAGAACUUUAUCCUGUUGGGUGAUAUUCACAAAAGCAUCUAUUUCCUUAGUUGGAAGGAGCAAGGCGCACAACUUAGCUUACUAGCGAAGGACUUUAGUUCCCUUGAUUGCUUUGCCACUGAGUUCUUAAUCGAUGGCAGUACGUUGAGUCUUGUGGUUUCAGAUGCACAAAAGAAUGUUCAGAUAUUCUACUAUGCACCGAAAUCACCGGAUAGCUGGAAAGGACAGAAGCUGCUCUCGAGGGCUGAACUUCACAUUGGGGCUCAUGUGACCAAGUUCAUGCGGUUGCAAAUGCUUUCCACGGCAUCUGAUCAAGGCGGCGGUUCUGCUCCGGUGGUGGAGAAAACCAAUCGCUUUGCCUUGCUGUUUGCCACGCUGGAUGGAAGCAUUGGUUGUAUCGCACCUCUUGAUGAGCGUACUUUCCGGCGGCUUCAGUCACUACAGGAAAAGCUGGUUGAUGCCGUUCCCCAUGUUGCUGGCUUAAACCCUAGAUCCUUUCGGCAGUUCCAUGCUGAUGGGAAGGCCCACAGACCUGGCCCUGAAAGCAUACUGGAUUGCGAACUGCUCUCGCAUUACGAGAUGCUCCCACUAGAGCAACAGCUUGACAUCGCUCACCAAGUUAGAACAACCCGUGAGCAAGUACUGACAAACUUGAAUGACCUCUCAUUGGGAACAAGCUUCUUGUGAAACAACUGAAAAGGGGGGAUCGUCUUCGCCAAUGGCCUUUGCGAGUUGCUUCUGGGCUUCUGCGUAGGUGCUCGUUGUUUCCAGGUACUAUCGGUCAUAGGAGAUUGAAGGACCUGCAAUUGUUUGCACGUUCGAGCUUCAGAAGACCCUCUACCAACGCAAAAAGCAGAGCAGUUUCGGCCUUCGGAUAUCUGAAAUCUGAAGGCUCAGCUGACUCAUGUCUGCGGCUAUACAUUGCCCCUGACGAACAUCUCCAGCACAAGGCUAGGGUGGUUUGGUUAGUUAUUUAGAACGUGGGACUUUGUAACCUUAAAUUGUACAGCCAUCAAAGUCCAAGAAUGCCUGGUAUGGGGAGGAGAGGCCUUUCGGUUGUACAAUGUACACUAUUGUUGUCAAGUCGACUGGUUGAGUCUUUAUGUUGUAUCAUUGGAUAUAAGUGCGUUUAAUGCAUCAGGUUUUACUAGGCAAAGGCAGUGAAUUUUUUGUGGAAAAAAACCAUCCCG